AUGGGCCGUGCCAUGCGGUGGCUCAAGAGGCUGCUCACAGGCAGGAAGGAGGCGCACGGUGGCGGCAAGGAGAUCCAUGCCGCGACCGACUGGCAUGACGCGGCGGCGGUGAAGGAGUCCACCAAGAGAUGGAGCUUCGUGAAGCAGAGGAAGAGCGGAGUUGACGCUGGGAAGCGGCCCUCAGAGCCUCUCGCCGCCGCGCUGGAGGUGAAGCCAUGCCGCUGUGCUGGCGGCGAGCAGGUGGGGGCACGCGAGGAGAAGGCGGCCGUCGUGAUUCAGAAAGCCUUCAGAGGCUACCUGGCUAGGAAGGCGCUUCGCGCUCUCAGAUCACUCGUCAAGCUGCAGGCUCUGGUCCGAGGCUACCUCGUGAGGAAGCAGGCGGCCACGACGCUGCACCGGCUGCAGGCGCUCAUGCGGCUGCAGGCCGAUUCCCGCGCCUUCAAGAGUGCCUCCUACCGGAAAUCCAUGGAACAGGAGAGAAUUGUCGCGCAAGAUGCCCGGAUGAGGACGCCGCCGACCAAGCCCGGGCACCGGCGGAGGCUGUCCGACAGCACGGACUCCAACUACGAGCGCAGCCCGCGGAUCGUGGAGAUGGACACGUGCCACCUCCGCUCCCGGUCCAGCCGGAUGGUGAGCAGCGGCCGGUACGCCACCGAUCGCUCGUCGGGUCGCCUGGCCCCGGACCUGGCCCCGCUGUUCUCGCCGCGGUCCGUCAAGCAGCCCCCGAGGCUGUCCAUCCGGCGUGAGCCCGUCAGGCACGCCAAGACGGCGCAGAAUACGCCCCGCUUCAGCGGGGCCGACCCGCCGUACACAUACGACUCGCCUGCCAAGAGCGUGGACGGGCUGGCGGCGCGGCCGCUCUGGCACCGGGACCUGCUCUCGAGCCCGCGGUACAUGGCGGGCACGGCCUCGUCGGCGGCGAGGCUGCGGUGCCAGAGCGCGCCCAGGCAGCCGGCCGAGGCGCCGAGGGCGAGCCUGACCCAGCGAGAUGUCCCUGCUGGGCCGAGGAAGUCGACGUGCACGCGGACGCAGCAUGGCGGCCUCUGCUUCCACUCCUCGGAUGCCGCCCACACGCGCCGCUCCGACCUCAGGGACGACGCGGCAAGAGAUUAUUACUUGGACAGGAUGUGGUGA